AUGGUAUUUCUUGGCCAAAAUCACGUUUGGCCUUGCAAAACAGAAUAUAAUCUUUGAACCUUUGAAUUGGUCACCUCUUUUUCGAUUAGGGAUGAUUCUCAAACAUAUAUACCAACAAGCGCGCAAAUAUUACAGACACUUUAUUUUUCUCUUUUAUCUUUUUAUUGUAUCACAUAUAUCACAUGAUGAGUUUUGUUUUUUUCUUCCUUUCUCACUCUGGUGUGUAUUAAUUAAAUGUUUGCCUAUGUGUAUUACUACAAGUCAUUUUCCUUUUCAUAUAUACCCCUUAAGAAACCAAACCACACCCAUCAUAGCAUUACACUUCCCGGAGGCGUCAAAGGAACAAAAAUGCACAACCCACAAAGACUAGGAGGAGAUAGCUUUGUCAUACAAGUAAGAGCCAUUGGUGUUGCUGAAGAACAACAAUAUUACCAACCUCAACAUCACAAGAAUAUUCCCUCCUCUAAUAAUAACAGCAACUUCAACUUCUCAGCCAUGAAGCUCUUUCACCGCUUCCGCAAGGUCCUCAUGCGCCUCGUCUUCUCAGUACCUUCUUCUUCUUCUCGUCGCUCCACAUCUUCAUCAUCGGACUCAGCAAGGCACAGAAACUCUGAGAGGUUUGAGCCGCCAAAGACUUCUUGCAGCUCUUACUACUCCUCUUACUCGCAUUACAAUGAGGCCAUUUCAGAUUGCAUUGAGUUCUUCAAUAAGUCCGCACAAGAUGACAUUAUUUCUAAUGAUCGAAAAUCAGACAUUGUGUAACAGAGUUGUAUCAAGAUCUUCUUGUGUGAAAAUUUUACAUGACAUUUCAUGCCGAAAUUCUGUGCCUAUCUCUCGUUUUACACAGGUGAGAACAUGCAUUUGAAUAUUUAUUAAAAAGAGACAGACAAAAUUUGGCAUGACACAUAAGAGGAUUAUAAUUCUGGUUAAUCUAUAUGCUGAUACCAGAUGAAUGUAUAUGUGAUGUGAGCACUGCCUAUGCCAUGUUUUCAUAUCAUUAGCUAUUUUGUUAUUAUCUUCAUUAUCAUUCAUUUUUUCCCUUCCCCAUUAUAUAUGCUUCCACCAUUGUACAAUAAUAUUGAGGAAGGAUAAUAUCAAGCGUUUUCUUGUGUGG